AUGCGGUCCUUCUUCAAGGCGCCGCUGCUGCUGCUGGCAGCGGCCGCCGCCCUCCUAUCGCCAGCCCAGGCCGAGAGGAGGCUGGAGUCGCUCGCUCUCAGCACCUGUCAGGACAACUCAGGCUUCUCCGCCUCCCUUUUCAAGGUCGUCUUCACCCCCAACAACAACACCGCCUUUGUCUCCAUCGUCGCCACCUCGUCCAUUCACAGCUACGUCACCUUUGACGUGACUGUCACCGCCUACGGUUAUCAGAUCAUCCGCCAGACGGUCGAUCCCUGCAAGACGACGCUCUCUGGUCUCUGUCCCAUGGUGGCCGGCAAGAUUCCGCUCGACUUGAACCUCAACCUCGGCGACAGUGCCGCUUCGCAGAUUCCCGGCAUCGCCUACACCAUCCCAGAUCUCGACGCCAAGGUCCGUGUUCUCGUUAACAACACAGAUGGCUCCGGUGCCGUCGCCUGUGUCGAGGCCGACAUCUCCAACGGAAAGACGGUCGACUUGGCAGGCGUCAAAUGGGCCACGGCCAUUAUUGCUGGCCUGGCCCUCAUCUCCUCGGCCAUUGUCAACGGUCUCGGCCAGUACAACACGGCCGCCCACGUUGCCGCCAACUCCCUCUCGCUUUUUGGUUACUUUCAGUCUCAGGCCAUUGUCGGUCUCACCAGCGUCAAGAUGCCCCCCAUCGUCAUGGCUUGGACCCAGGAUUUCCAGUGGUCCCUUGGCAUCAUUCGUGUCGGCUUCCUCCAGGAUCUCACCACCUGGUAUCAGCGCGCUACAGGCGGCAAGCCUUCCACCAUCUUUGAUAACAUGCUCACCCGCUCCGUACAAGUCCAAAAGCGAGGUCUCGACAUGGCUGAGGCUACCGUCAACACCGGCGUUGACUUGUUCAACCGAGCUGUCGCCAUGGCCCCCAAGGUUGUCCACUCCCUUGCCAAGCGCGCCAAUAUUGAGACUAGCCAGGGCACUUACAUUGUCUACGGCAUCCAGCGUGUUGCUUUCCGCGCCAAGAUUGAGACGACCAACCUCUUCAUGACUGGUCUCAUCUUCUUUGUUCUCUUUGGCCUCUGUACCGUACUCGGCGUUGCCGCUUUCAAGGGCAUUUGCGAGCUACUUGCUAAGAACCAAGUCAUGAAGAACGACCGCUUCCUGGAUUUCCGCAACGGCUGGCUCACCGUGCUCAAGGGUGUCCUCUACCGUGUAGCCCUUCUUGGUUUCCCGGGCGUCACACUGCUCUGCCUUUGGGAAUUCACCCAAAUUGAUUCGCCUGCUGAAGUCGUUUUGGCCGUCGUCUUCCUCUUUGGUCUCAUCGUUACGCUCGGCUGGGGUGCUAGCAAGGUCAUUCGCAUUGCCCGCCGCUCCAUCGCCAUGCACAAGAACCCGGCCUACAUUCUCUUCUCUGACCCUCAGGCUCUCAACCGCUGGGGUUUCCUCUACAUGCAGUUCCGCGCCCCUGCCUACUACUUCAUCGCCCCUGUCCUUGCCUACAUCCUCGUCAAGUCGAUGGUCAUCGCCUUUGGCCAGGGAAAUUCCGUUGCACAGGCCAUCUGCCUCAUCGUUGUUGAAGCCGGCGCUCUCAUUGCAGCCUCUGUCAUGAGACCUUGGAUGGAUAAGCCUACCAACUCGUUCAACAUUGCCAUUUGUGUCAUCAACUUCCUAAACGCCAUCUUCCUCCUCAUCUUCUCCAAUAUCUUUAGCGCUCCUCCGUUGAUGGUUGGUGUUGUCGGCGUCAUUCUGUUUGUUCUCAACGCCUCCUUUUCACUCAUCCUGCUCCUGAUGGUUAUUGUGUCCACCACUGUGAGCUUUAUCCGCAAGAACCCCGACGCCCGCUACCAGUACAUGGCCGACGACCGUGCUUCUUUUAUGAAGUCUCAGACCCAGCUCAACGCCACCACCGAGCUUGAUGCUCUUGGUGCCACGGCGCGAGGUGACAAGAUGGGAGGCUACAAGGCCCCUCUUGACCUCGAUGACGACCACGACUCUCUUGUCGACGCUGGCCGCAAGGAUCCCUUCUCAUCCAACAACCAGUCGCAAACCUCGUUUCACCAGGGCGGACAGGGCCCCAGAUCACCCGUCAACCCUUCUAUGCCUCUGUUCCCCGGUGCUCGGUCUGAGAGUCCAUAUCGCUCGCAGUCACCAGGGCCUGGCCAGUCCAACCCCUUUGGCAACCAAUCUCUGGGACCUUCGCCGCAAAGGGGACCUAUCCCUAACCGCGGGCCGUCUCCGCAGCAUGGCCGCGCACCCUCACCACAGAUGAGCCGCGGACCGUCACCUCAACUGCAAAGCCGUGGGCCUCCUCCACAGCAACGUCCUCCGCCUCCCAGCCAAGGCAACUAUAGACAGCAAAACUCGUCCAGGUAA